GAUUCCCGCCGUUUUGGACCAAGCUCUUGUAAGUUGGUUGCUUCUGGCACGCUCAGCUAUCGGCUGUUAAGUGCGGCAUGGCGAAGAAAGCGACCAAGUCGAAGGCUCCGACAGGCCUCAGCUUGGAGUACACUUCCAUGUGCUCCUUCUUCGCGGAGGGCAAAUGCCUUCGCGGUGAGAAGUGCAAGUUUGCGCACAGCACGUCGCAGAUGCGGCAGAGGCCAAAUUUGACACACACCAGUCUGUGCCACGAGUUCAUGCGGAAGCGCAGCUGCAAGAAUGGGGACCGCUGCAAGUAUGCCCACGGUGACAAGGAGCUGCGCUCUGAGCGGAAGCUGGAGCUUGGAAGUGGGAAGCAAGAGUUGGUUUGGGAUCCCAUUGGCCUGUCUCGCGAUGCGAGCGGCGCUGCGCCGGCGGCGGCCACGAAUCUGCUGCCUUUGAUGCAGAAGCUGAUGGGUAGUGAGAAGCCUGCGCCAUGGAGCCAGCCCUGCAAGGUCCACGUGCAAAACGGCCACAUUCGCUGCAAUCUUGACCGCCUUGUGCCCAAGGACGUGUUCCCGAUGCGCAUCAAGAACUUCCGCGUGGAUGGAAUUGGCGAGGGCUUUUGCCAGGUUCUGCUCUGAACCUGUGACUUGGAUGAGACAUGAGCCUGCCGGCGUUUCCGAAAUCUUUGAAAGGCGUCCCAGGGAACUGGCAGGUAGUCCCAGGUGGUCCCAGGUCGAAGUCCGAAGAGUCUGCAACG